GCACUGCACAGGCUGCCCUGGGCAGGAGCAUCGAGGGCUCAAUCCCAUACAGAGCACCAUGGGCAACAUACAACCAAUUGGGAGGUGCCCACCCAUGGGCUGGGUCCAAUCAGUUGGUGGGCCAAAUCCAGCCUGCAGGCCCUAUUUUACACACCCCUGUUUUUAUACUGUCCAGCCAGGCCCAGCAUAAGCAUUUUCUGACUGUGAUUUGUUGUUACCUUCAUGUAAAGACUAGUUACUGAUUUGGUAUAACACUUUUUCAGCUUCUCCUGAAUUUGUUACAAAACUGUGUUUACUAGGUAGCAUGUGGAAGUUGAGUCAGGAUGUGCACGUUAUCUUGUUUUGCAUCUAUGAUCAGUUAUUGUCAGGGGUGACUAGGUAUGUGUGAGGCCCAUACUUUGACUUUCACAUUCCAUUCAUGGAUUACAGGAGUCGUUUCUGCCAAAAGAAUAAUAAAGAAAUAACACACUGGCUUUGGGUUUACUUCUUUUUUCACUUAAACUGAAGGCAGUAUCUUUUCUGAUCUGGACUUUGGUUGUCCUAUGUGGUCUGCUGACUGUUAUUUUGUGUAUACGUACAUUUUGAUUGUCUCUUAUAUUUGCAGACAAUGUACUGGACUCACAUAAAGCCUGCACAGCCAGUUAAGCAUGGAAUAGAUACAGAUAUUUGCUCUGCUACCUGGAUGCUUUCUUGCCCAGAUAAUUAAGUAGGUUGGCUCAGCAUCAAAAAGAACCUAUCAAGAGUUUUUGAGAGCCCUUACAGAUUGUGUUUGAUAGCUUCUGUCUCCUAUCUGUUUCAGUAUGGGUAAAUUGAGUGAACCUAUAUGUACACAGCUAGUUUGAUAGCUUUGGUUUCAGCCUGGUUUGUAUAGGCUGAAGUAGUCAGGUCUUUUCUGGAAAACUUUUUUUUCCCCAGUUCACAGCAAAAUAGGGAUUAGCUCUGCCAAAAAGUGCCCAGUUCUUCCAUCUCCUCCUUCCCAGUAAAGUUGAUUCUUAUCUUGAAGCAUAGUCAAGCUAAUGGAGCAAGAGACUAAAAGGCUGGUAUAGUUCCAGCCUUCCUGUAGACUAAUUUAACUUUAUACAAUUCAUUUUGCUUGUCUCCUGUAGUUUCUCUGUCAGUAAAAUGUAGAUGAUAAUACUGUCCCACUUAAACCACACUGAGAUUUAUGGAUGAAUAAGUCUUGUGUAUGAAAUAACUUACCAUUGUUUACUCAUGCCCCUCACCCUAAAUUCUGCUUCUCUCCCUUUUAUUUAGGAAGUACCCAUUAGAAGUUGAGCCCUAACUAGAUGUUUACUUGGGUGCAAGUUUUGCUGGAGCAUUAAAACAGGAUUCAGAGUUUUUCUCAAGGAAGGAAAAUACUGUUUUUAACGUGGUUAUACUUAGCCACAAAGAUACAAAGGGAAAAUGACAUUCAGAAAAGUGAACAUUUUCAUCCUUGCAUUGGCUGUUGUUAUAUUUUUAUUAGUUCUGCAUCACAAUUUUCUAGGUCUCAGUGACUUCUUGAAACGGGAACUGUCAGAUUCAGAUGCAUUGGGACUCCAGCCCAUUGAUUUUAUACCUGAGGCUCCCCAAAAGCUGAUAGAAAAAAGGAAUGAGAAGGAAAUUCCUGUGGUCAUUACAGCAUCAGAGGACAGGCUUGGAGGCAUCAUUGCAGCCAUAAAUAGUAUUUAUCAUAACACAAAAUCAAAUGUGGUGUUCCACAUCAUCACUCAAAACAAUACUGUGGAUCACUUGAGGUCAUGGCUGAGUAACACUGUUCUGAAAAAUGUGAAAUACCAAAUUAUAGAUUUUGAUCCUCGUGUUUUGGAAGGAAAGAUGCGGGUGGAUUCAGAACAGACAGACUCCAUAAAACCAUUAACCUUUGCAAGAUUUUACUUGCCUAAUUUGCUUCCUUAUUCAGAGAAGGCCAUAUAUGUGGAUGAUGAUGUAAUAGUGCAAGAUGAUAUUUUUGAACUUUACAACACUCCAUUGAAGCCUGGACAUGCAGCUGCAUUUUCAGAUGACUGUGACUCAACUACUAAUAAAUUUGCAGUCCGUGGAGCAGGAAAUCAGUAUAAUUACAUUGGAUUCCUAGACUACAAAAAAGAAACGAUCCGGAAGCUUGCCAUGAAAGCUAGCACCUGCUCUUUCAAUCCAGGGGUCUUUGUUGCAAAUUUAACAGAAUGGAAACUGAAGAACAUCACUAACCAGUUGGAGAAAUGGAUGAAACUUAAUGUAGUAGAAGAAUUAUACAGUAAGACACUGGCAGACAACGUGGCUACACCCCCACUGCUAAUUGUGUUUUACAAGCAGUAUUCCAAUAUUGACCCUUUGUGGAAUGUCCGACAUCUUGGAUCUAGUGCUGGGAAAAGAUAUUCUCCACAGUUUGUGAAAGCUGCCAAGUUGCUCCAUUGGAAUGGACAUUUCAAACCCUGGGGAAGAACAGCUUCCUAUUCUGAUGUUUGGGAGAAGUGGUACAUUCCUGAUCCUACGGGCAAGUUUAACCUGAUUCGUAGACACUCAGAAGCUUAUAAGGCAAAGUAAAAUGGAUUCUGUAGCCUUUUUUUUUUCUCAGGAAACUAUUGGAGCCAGAUUAUUUCCUGUCAGCAGUUUUGUAUUACAGUUGCAGUCCUUGCCACUUUAGAGCUCAGAAAAAAUAUUCAUUUAGGUGAAAUGUUCAAAUGUCCCAAAAUGCAUGCCUCAAGAGGAGACAUUUUCUGUGUGACUGAGGAACCUAUUUUAACAGCUCUAGGAAAAGCAGAGAAACACCAUUAUGAACUAGCAUUUUUGCUUGAUAAUUUUUUACUUCACUCCACUACUAGUCUUCUGGAAUUGACAAUUUUGUCUGCACCUGGAUGACUACCAUGUACUAAAUUGCUGUGCAAGACUUUUAUGAGAGAGAAAUUGGUACUGUUUGCUUCUGUUACCUAUAAAAUAUGGACUUGAUAUCUGGAGCUUUCUGUUGCAUGAUGAUUCAUUCAUGACUUUAUAUUUAACCCUUUCUUUGCAAAAAGCCCCAUGAUCUAAACCACCCAUCUCCAUGGACUGGAUCUGGUUGUAUGUUUGAUUCCUCUGGUCUAUAUCAACUAACUUUCCAAAAGUCAGUCUUCAGGUAUCAUUUAAUUAUGACAAGCAUAUGUUGUUUGUUUGGUUUUUUUAGUGAUUGAUGAAUUACCACUUGACACUAGAUUUUUUUUAAAACUGUGGAGCAAGCUAAGCUUAUUCAAAAAUAAAAAUAGAUUUUAAAUUA